AUGAAAAACAACCCUGACUUAGAGAAAGACUAUAUAUUUAAUAGUUUAGUCAAAAGAGACAAACAAGAAAGAAUGCCAGGCUUCAAACUUAAGAAAGGUGACAAAGUAAAAAUAGAAAUACCUAAACGCGACCCAUAUGAAAAUACUAUUGACUAUGACAACAAUGGGAACUCGACAGGUACUCGCAUUCGUGUUCGUAAAAAUAGAAGAAAGUAUACAAGAGAAUAUUAUGAAGUUUUAGGCAAACAUGGCAAAAUGUACAGACUGCAAGCAGAAGAUAAAACUACUAUUGUCAGACCUCGUUUCAAACUUGUCAAAGUUCAAGGUGGUAUACUUUCAAAGACAGUUCCUAACAAAUAUAAGACAACUCCUGACGAAUAUGCUAAAGAAGUUGAAAAUGACGACUAA